GACUCUCUGGGAACCAGUAUCUCCUUCUAGUCUGUGGGCUUUUUAAAAAAGAGCCAGAAGCUUCAAUGUUGGAUGCCGUGCUAUGACAACGUCACUGCUGCUCCGUCCGCGCUGGGUCGACCCCUCGGUGAUGUUCCUCUACGACAACGGCGGAGGUUCAGAUGAAGUGAGCAAGAACAUGGAGGGUUUCGCCGGUGGCAACUUCGCCGCGAACCAGUGCAGGAAUCUGAUGGCGCACCCAGCGUCCCUGGCACCCAGCACGGCGUACUCCUCCGGCGAAGUGGCCACCUCCGGCAUGGGCGAGCCGGUCAAACAGUGCAGCCCGUGCUCCGCGGCGCAGAAUUCCUCCAGCGCGUCUCUGCCGUAUGGGUAUUUCGGCAGCAGCUAUUACCCUUGCAGAAUGUCGCAUCACAGCAGCAUAAAAUCGUGCGGAGCGCAGCCCCCCUCCGCGUACGGGGAGAAAUACAUGGACACAUCCGCCUCGGGCGACGACUUCGCCUCUCGGGCGAAGGAAUUCGCGUUUUAUCCGACCUACCCGUCAGGCCCCUACCAACCUGUCCCCAGUUACCUGGACGUGCCCGUGGUGCCAACGAUCAGUGCGCCGUCAGAAGCCCGACACGAGUCCCUGCUGCCUAUGGAGAGCUACCAACCGUGGACUCUCGCCGCCAACGGCUGGAACGGCCAGGUUUACUGCGCCAAGGAGCAGCCCCAGCCUGGACACAUGUGGAAGUCUUCCAUACCAGACGCAGUGUCCCACACCGGCGGAGACUCCGGCUCUUAUCGACGUGGGAGAAAGAAACGCGUGCCGUACACCAAGGUGCAACUGAAGGAACUGGAGCGCGAGUACGGCGCCAAUAAAUUUAUCACGAAGGACAAACGGAGGAGGAUAUCUGCGCAGACCAACCUGUCCGAGAGGCAGGUCACGAUAUGGUUUCAGAACAGACGCGUGAAAGAGAAGAAGAUCGUCAACAAAUUGAAAACCAUCAGCUAGUUAGGUAUUUUCUUCUUAUUGUUUUUUUUUUUAAUCACGGACAAUAUCUAUGGGAGAAACUACUACCACACACACACACACGCACGCACACACACACACACACGCACACACACACACACAGACUUGGACUCGUGUGAAUUGGAAUAACGCAACUCCUUCCCGACUGAGCAUGAUUUAUAUUUGUACGUUGCCAAAUGAUUUUCUCGGAGCUUCUGGACCAAAACUUCGGAGGCCCCUGAACGCCGGACCCAGUUCCCUUCCGCGUGUUGUUAAUUAUUUUUUUUAAGGAGUCAAGUGGAAGGAAAAUAUAUAGAACUGCAUCAAAUGUGACUUUUCCCCUCCUCUGGCAAGCAGUCCUUCAUGCAGGAAAAGUGACCCCAGUUCAGAAAGGUGUGCGCCACCGAGCUACGCCUUUAUCUGCAGGUUUUUAACGAGAGCGAUAAAGGCGAAGAUUCACGGGGAAGUGUCGGUGUAACGGAUUUGGACCUUGGGAAUGUUAAAUAUUAAUCUCUCCUGCCUUCCUUUUUUAUUAUUUUUUUUUUAAACCUACUCACAUGCUUAGCUUGUAAUGAAGUUUUAGUCUCGUCGUACGGAUCCGUCAUUACCCAAUUCACGGUGCAAUGCCUAUUAUAAUGCUUAGAUAAUCGUCCGGGAUAUAUGUUCAUAUCAAUCAUAACUUCAAAUUUUUUUUAAAUAAUGUGUGCGUAUUCAUGUGGUUGUAUAUAAAAGUAAAUUCCGGCAUGAUAAUCCAGGUAAUUUGUGUGUGUGAGUCCAGUAUGUCGGUGUUUAAAGUCCGUUCCAAUAAAAUAUGAACCUGGUUGAAUAUAUUUUUUUUUAAUGGACCCGUUUAAUCGUAGCUCAGUUUUUCAUUCAUGUUUUUUAAUUUUAUGUUCAACCAAUUUCUCCUCUGGAAGAAACGAUCCCUAGACAUGUUAGGCCCACAGUCAGCAUUUUAGCAAAUUGGGUUUAAAUGUAGUGAAGGUUUCGUGUUGUGGCUUUUGCUGGCUUUGCUGUCAUAUAAAUUUAAUUUAUAUCCAGAAAUGCCAAACACAAAUUCUGUUUUCGAAAUUCAAACAUUUUAACUUGAGUGCAGUAUGAGAGGUGCAUAUGUUUGUCCCUGGGAGCAGAGGGAGCAGGUCAGCUGAGGCUCGUCUCUGCUGAACUGUUGGCUGACGUCGCCAUCUACCGGCGACUUUUCGACAUGCUCAGGUAAACACUCUCAAAGGUGUAAUAAUGAGAAUAAUAUUAAAUUAUAGUUUUAAAAAAAUCCUUUGUUGAUGAUAUACCAAUGUUACUUUGCAUUAUACUAUAAUUUUCUAAAUAUUUUGUGGAGACAAACACACAGUCGCGGAGUGUAGAAAAUCUCAUUUUAUUUUAAUAAUUAAAUUAUAAAACAUUAUUAAACUCCCUCUUGGUGUGACUGUACAAUAAAAUAAUGGCUUGAAUAUGAAACGUCACAAAGGACAUUUCACCUUUAAGUGUGCAGACAUUAACUCAAACUAAUGUUCUGUUCCGCUACAAAUGCAUUUCCUCGUGCUUAAAAAAAAACUUAUCCAUAAUUAAAUGUUAAACAUGAAACACGUUCAGCACAAGGAAACGUUUUAAUACGACUCACCCUUUAGGUAAAUUGCUGUUAUGUUUACGUUGCCUUAAUAUGUUGCGUUUACUGAUCUGCCGUCUAUUUUACUCGUAAAAUGUAAUAUUCAAUAUAUAAAAAUCAGGAAAUAAAAGACCAGUUGAUUUGGUCAACUUGACUACACAUGUACGUGUCGGUUGUUUGACUUCAAACGGCGCCGGCGGACGAGUGUGUUUACAUUUUGUGUUCGUAUCAUCGUUGUUAUGUAUAUACCUGUUAAACUGAAUCCCAGAAGAACUCUCUUAAUGUUUGAUUAUAAUUCUCGCAUUUCUGGUUGCCUUCUGCAAAAAAAAAAUACAAAAUAUUAGCGUAAGGUUAAAAAUGACACGGCGUUAUUGUGAUGAAUGAAAAAAAAAAUGUAACGCAGAAUUUAAUUCCAUGCAUUUUCUGGUGACUUCACAGAAAUAUUUGACGUGGUCAUGUGUGGCAUUUAAAAAAAAAAAAUUCAAUAAAAUCUUGGGAAUUUUACAUUUGCAUCAGAGAGAACUGCAUUUUUAAUCUUAGAGAUUUCGAUCUGAAUUGAGUGCUUGUAUACGAGAGAACGUUUGUCGACGCCGUGUGUCGGGAGAUGAACUCUAAAAUAUAUAUUACACUAGAGAUUACAGAAUACAUGCCCUUAAAAUGUCAUUCAUAGUAAUCCGACAGAUUAUUCAAAGUGAGUAACGUUUAAAAAAAAAGGUACUUUGAGUGACUCCAACAUUGUCUCACAUUACGAUUCCAAGCAACACUGAAUGAAUAUGUGUAUUCACACAGUACUGGUCUAUGAAGUUUUUUGUUUUUUUUUAAAAGGACGAAGACCCAGAGUUUUCUUUGACCUUUUUAUUUUCCACAUGAAACAUCAUGUUAGAAUGAACACCUGAACAAGACUUAAAAAAAUAAAAUAAACUUUUGUGCAUUUCAA